CAAACCCAAUGCACAAAAAUUUAUCAACAAAAGUUUAUGGUUAUGCAAUAAUUUUUAAUUUUGCUUCAUAUGUAGACUUAGUGAUAUUGCUGGAAAAGUGCAUUAUUUGUGGCUCUACAACAUUGUGAUGGAUUGUACUAGAUACUGUGAACAAGCACAAAAAAAACUAGAUGAAGCGAAAGAGAAAUUAAUGGAACGUGAAAAGAAGUUUAAAAAUAUGGUAAAGGAUAAAAAAAGGUUUAUAAAUGAUUUUGAAACUCAAGCUGAAAAUUUAAAAUAUAUCUAUAAAAAAGAUUCUGAAUUUUCGAAAGAAUUAGUAACUGCUUUUGAUAAAGAUUUAGAGAAAACAAAUGAUAAAAUUGAAAAUAUAUCUAAGUUACAUUUCCAAAAAUUUCGAUCAAGAAUUAAAGAAAUGAAAGGCAUUACAACUGAACAGUUCAAUUUAGAGGCUGAAGAUUUUUUUAGACAGGAAAAUGAUUUGCUGAAGAAUGAUUUAUUAGAUUUACCAUUUAUAAGUGUGCAAAAAGCUGUUGGUGAAUCAAUAAAUGCAUUAGCUUCUGCUAGAGGAGAUAUGAAACAAUGCAUGGCUUUAUACUGCAACACAGUUUGCACUUCUACAAAAGUGAAAUCUAAUUUACCUGAAGCUGGCUUUAUUUCUGAAUCUGUAUGUAAUGACACAACAGCAGUCAGCACCACCCCACCUAUCAAAUUAAAAGAUUUAUUAGAACAAAGCCAAGUGCACUAUUCAAUAUUGAAGAAAAUUAUAAUUUUUCUAACUGGAUGGUUUUUGAAAUUUCCAAAAUGGACUAGAACAAUUGAUGAAUUCCUUGAUGAAUUAGAGAAAUAUUUCUUAGCAGACUGUCAUGAAUAUUUUACGAAGAUUAAACCAGCAAUUGUUGAGAGCUACCGAAAAAAGUAUAGUAAAACUGCUGAAGAUGACAUAGAAGAUGUGAAAAAACAAUUUUCUGAAGAAAAAAAGGCAAUGGAUACUCUAGUUAAAAAAUGGAAUAAAAGAGCUAAGCGUAACAAGAAAAAGGCAAAGUCUUAUUCUGACUUGAUUGAUACUCUGGAGAAGCAGAAAGUUCAUCUUGUAUCUUUAGCUCAGAGAGCUCAUGGAAUUUCCUUGUCUGCAGUCUCCCAAACAUGAGUGUAUCAGUGGACUUUUGUUUUUUUGUAGUAUUGAGCUAGCUAGUUACUUAAUUAUUAACUAAUUAAACAUGUUAAAAUUAAUCUCAUGAGCUCCACCCGUUGACGAAUUGAUUCAUGUAUCAGAAACACCAAUUAUUAAUGACUAUGCAAA